AUGAAGAUUGGGUUUCAUAAAUGCGAGGAUAAGAUUCAACUCGCCACUGCUCAAGUGGCUGUGGUAGGGAGUACUGUCAAGAAAAUUUUGCAUCCUAUGGCUCAGGAUUAUGUGAAGUCCAAUGAGGAGCCUGUGAAGUCCAGUGAGGAGCAUGUCAAGUCCAGUGAGGAGCAAGUCAAGUCCAAUGAUGCCGAAGGGAAGACGGAUCAACCUGGUGCUCCGGUUAGUAUCGUUCAUUCUCCACAUAGUUCUAAAAAUGGUGAUAAAUGUGAUGAAAAAUAUGUGUGUAGGAGUCGUAGGUUGGAUUUGAAUAAGAACAAAUGA